CCUGGGGCCAGCCUCGUCAACUCCGCUUCCGGUUCUGGCCCAUUGGCGUUGCUUCACAUCGACGCGCCUGCGCCGCCGGUCCGCCGCGCCUUCCCCUCCCUUCUCCCCCGCGUGCCCUCCUAUUCCUUCUCUGCGGCGGCGUGGGGAGCUGCAUCUGCCUUCGUCUGGAGGAGUGGGAAGAAGCGCUGCCGAAGGGGUGAUUUACGAAGCCAGAGAGCGGCUGGGAGCAAGAGUGCCUGGGACUGGGAGUUGAAGCUAGAGAGGCUAGUUGCUUGUUUGGUGCGCUGCCAAACCGCCCUCAACAUCUGACCCGUCUCUCCCUCACUUCCACGGUUCCAGCGAGCGGCGCAACCGCGCAACUGAGCAGCUAGCAUGGGGGACGAAGAAGAUGAUCCUGACUGGCUCCGCGCGUUUCAGGCACCAACUGUGGCACCUGUGAUGCUUUCUUCUGGUUCAGAUACCUCCCCUGAAGCUAGUCCUACAAGAACCAGUACAUCUAGAAAACAAAACAAGGGAGAGAAGCACGCUAGUCCAGAUCAUGCACGUGAUAGAGAUGGUGCUUCACAAAAUAAAAACAAAAUCUCAGCAGCUACUAGAAGAAAAAACCUUGUCAGUAAAAAAGAGGGGUCAACUAUGGAUGAAAAACAAGCUAAUACUCCUAGACGCUUGACUCCAAAGAAGGAUAUGGUAACACUUUCAUCUGGUUCUGAUGCUUCACCGGGAAACAGCCUUUCGAGGGCCCAUGAAGAUAACCAUGAAGAGGGCUCACUUAGCACUGCCAAGAGAAAGAAUGCUCAACAAACUAAGACUAAAAAAACAAAGGAUGCUGGAACAAAAACUGGUGCAGACCAAGCAGGGAAUGGAGAUGCUGAGGAUGAUGUGCAAGAUAAACUCACAGGGAACUCUGUCUCCCAGAGGUUACCAUUAAUAUUUCCAGAUAAAGUUCAACGUUCAAAGGCAUUGAUUGAAUGUGAUGGUGACUCGAUAGAUUUAAGUGGAGAUAUUGGUGCGGUUGGGAGGAUAGUAGUUUCAAAUGGUCCUACUGCAAAACAGGAUUUGUUGUUGGACCUGAAAGGAACAAUAUACAAAACAACUAUAGUUCCAUCCAGGACAUUUUGUGUUGUGAGUGUGGGACAAUCAGAAGCAAAGAUAGAGGCUAUAAUGAAUGACUUCAUUCAACUGGAACCACAAUCCAAUUUAUUUGAAGCAGAGACUAUGGUGGAAGGUACCCUUGAUGGAUUCACAUUUGAUUCAGAUGAGGAGGGUGACAAACUCUAUGAACCACAGGCUAAUCAAAACGAUCUGAAUAAUAACGAAGAUGAAGGUCAACCUAAGGCAAAGACCAAAAGGAAAGCAGAGAAAACAACGGGGAAGGCACCGAAGAAGGCGAAGGUUGCAGGAAAGGGCCCUAAAAAGGGCACGAGGAAAACCCAACCUGCGAAGAGAGGUAGGAAGGCUAAGAAAUGAUGACAUGUUGAUUUCCUCGGAUAAGAAGAAAAAGUCUAUUGAGAACCUGGAUAGCUGGCAACAAAGAUGUGAAUUUUUCAACGCAUAGUCAUGGCUGUGAGGCGCGUCGUCAGUUCAACAUCAUGCAGUACUUGUUUUAGAGAGAGAGAACAUGUAAAGCUGUAAACGUUGUUGUGUACUCUAUGAGCGUUCAGCUUUGGAUCAUUGAAAAGACCGAGAUGUUCACGUGGAGGCGAACUGACUUCUCUAUUUUUUUUCAC